AUGGCAAGCUUCACUUCGCUGAUUUCAUUUGUUCUACUAUUUCUGCUAUUUGCUGCAACAUUCAAGAAAAGCGUGGAUAGUACAAACUUGGCUGUCCGUUGCAAUGAAGAUGAUAGAAGGUUGCUCUCGAUCUUCAAACAAGGAGUGGUAGAUCCAGAAAACCAACUCUCUUCUUGGACUGUGGAAGAUGAUUGCUGUUCGUGGGUGGGAGUUUACUGUGACAACAUCACAGGAAGGGUUACGGAGCUUAAUCUUUUCGAUUAUAUAUUAGGAGGUGAGAUAAAUCUAUGUCUGCUUCAACUUGAAUUCCUCAACUACUUGGACUUGAGCUACAAUAACUUUGAAACUGUGAGCAUGUCACCAUGCAAUUUCUCCAAAUCUCUUGUUGAUGAACACAAAUUUGACAACCGAUCACUUGCAACUCCUUCUAAUCGGUCAGCAAGUUUUUCUGUAGCUCUAUGGUUUCUUGAUUUUUCUAACAAUGAUGAGUUAGUCAUCAAUGAUCUUCAUUGGCUUUCUGAAUUUUCUUCCUUAAAAUAUCUUGACCUUAGCGGCAAUGAUCUAGGAAAUGAAACCAAAUGGCUCCAUUAUAUGGCCACGCUUCCUUUACUCUCUGAGUUACACUUGAGCGAUUGUGGAUUGAGCAAUUUUCCAUCCCUUGAUUAUGUCAAUUUUACAUCACUUGAAGUUCUUGAUCUUUCUUUCAAUGAGAAUAUCAGCUCAGAAUUACAAGAUUCAUUCUUUAACAUCACCACUCACAUCUAUCAUCUUGACCUUGGCUCUUGCAAUUUCCAUGGUCAGUUACCAUUAUCCCUGGCCAAUCUUAAAAGCCUUCAAUAUUUACAGCUGACAUCUAAUAGGCUCAAAGGACCAAUUCCAGAUUGGUUAGGUCAAUUUGAACAGUUGCAAUACUUAGACUUAUCCUACAAUCAGUUGAAUGGCAAUCUUCCAGAAAACCUUGGAGAACUCCACAACUUAAAUCACUUAAACAUUGAGCACAAUUUCUUGGUGGGCAUUCUUACAGAAAAUAAUUUUUCCAAUUUAUCGAAUUUAAGGUCCCUUGACUUGAGUUCGACAGGUUUCGAAUUUGAUAUUGAUCCUCAAUGGGUCCCACCAUUUCAACUUGAGGCAUUGCAAAUGCGUAACACAAGUAUGGGGCCUAAUGUUCCAAAAUGGUUAUAUACACAGCGGUUUCUAAAAGCUCUAGACAUUUCUAGAUCAGGAAUUUCAAUAAUUGAUGCAGAUGUGUUUUGGGGCUUUGUAGCAGAAAUAGCUUAUGUUGAUUUGUCGUACAACUUGAUUAGCGAAGACAUAUCCAAUAUCACGGUAUUAGCAAAUAUCUCUAAUAUCUUUGAUGCAUCUCACAACUCUUUGUCAGGAUCAAUUUUCUCGUUAUUGUGCCGUCUAGAGAGGAAUCGAGCAAGCAUGUUGAUUUAUUUGGACUUAUCAAAUAAUCAUUUGAGUGGUGAACUCCCUGAUUGCUGGGCCAAUUGGACAAAUUUAACAUACCUUAAUUUGGGGAGUAAUAGGCUAAAUGGUGAAAUUCCUCCGUCAAUGGCUUCGUUAAUGAAACUUCAAACACUCAACUUGAGUGAUAAUAGUUUCUUUGGCGAAUUUUCUUUAGACUUGACAAACUGGAAAGAUUUGGGAGACCUCCUCCUAGAGAAAAAUAAAUUUUCUGGAAAUUUGCCAAAUACAAUGCAACAAAAUUUGAUGGUUAUGAAAUUGAGGACCAAUCAAUUCACAGGCAAUAUUCCAUCACAGAUGUGCAACCUAUCUUCUUUGAGAAUAUUGGAUCUUUCUGAUAAUAACCUUUCUGGAUCUAUACCUCAUUGCCUAAAUAAUAUCAUGCGCUCAAUUCCUGAAAGUCUUGAUCUUAUGGGUGAGUUUCACUUAUUUGCUAAAGGAAGAGAAUUGGUUUACUAUAUGGAUGAGUUCUAUUUAAAAAUGAUUGAUUUUUCCAACAACAAUUUAUCUGGAGAAAUUCCUAAAGAAUUGUUUAAUUUGACUGAAAUGUGGUCCUUGAACUUGUCCCGAAAUCACUUGGUUGGAAAUAUUCCUAAAGAAAUUGGAGGCAUGAAAAGCUUGGAAUCUCUUGAUCUCAGCUAUAAUAGACUUUCUGGAGAAAUUCCUUCAACCAUCUCUAAUUUGUCUUUUCUCAAUUAUUUGAACCUCUCAUACAACAAUUUCGACGGACAAAUUCCAUUGGGAAAUCAAAUUCAAACUUUUGAUGCUUGGAGUUUUGUGGGCAAUCUUGAACUUUGCGGAGAUCCUCUUCCAAAGAAGUGCAACAUGAAAGAAGAAACUCACAAUUCAAAGACUGCUGACGGAAAUAAAGAUGACAACUUUCUAAAGUCAUUGUAUCUUGGGAUGGGGGUUGGAUUUGCAGUGGGCUUCUGGGGAAUUUGUGGUUCUCUCUUCCUCAUCAGGUCAUGGAGACACAAGUUUUUUCUAUGGUUUUAUCAUUUGGUAGAUCAACUUUAUGUUGCUGUGGUCCUCUGUUUUAAAAACUCCGAAUGA